UGAUUAAAGCCCUAAAAAUGAAUACUCCGUAUUACAUAUACACGCCGCUCUUCUUCUUCCACCGAGCCGCAUCUUCCCUUUAGUUCGGCCAAACAGAGCUAUCGCUAAAUUGAGUCUUGGAUUACAUCUCAUACCUGAUUUUAAAGAAGAGCUUACCGGAAGACGUUAUCAAGGUGUCAUACUUGUUUGAGUAUUUUGGAUUCAGCUGCUAACAGUAUAGUGCCGGCGUUGAGGAGAGAAAGCUGAAAGAGCUAAAAGCUCAGAGAGCUCAGAGACCGACGAAGGAGAUGAGUAGCGGCUGUGGAAGGAAAGGGCCGCCGAAGCACCAGAACAGUUUCGCCUGGAAGCCUAACGGCGGGAAGAAGAUCAACGAAUCAGAACUUGGAGGGAGGUUCAAGCCUUACUCAGAGAUAACUGGUGUUUGCGCACGCUGUAAGGGACAGAUAGACUGGAAGCGGAAGUACGGCAAGUACAAACCCCUGACCGAGCCUGCCAAAUGUCAGAAGUGUUCGAAAAGGAAUGUUCGCCAAGCUUACCACAAUAUCUGCAAUGGUUGUGCAAAGGAGCAUAAUGUGUGUGCCAAGUGUUCCUGUCGAGUUGACCACAUCAUUGGAAGAGAUUUAUCAGAAAUAGAGGCUGAGAAGAAGACUCUGGAAGAGGCAAUAGUAAAUGCACGCGAGAGGGACAAGAGGAGUCUACUACGAUCUAUGAACAAAGGAAAAUUUCUCAAUUCAGCGAAAUCCACAUGCCAGAAUGGCAAAGUGGGUGAAGUAGUCCCGGGGUCCUCAUCAGUUGAACAAGACGCUGGAUCCGCCCAUGGUGACAAUGAUGCUAAAAUUUCAACCCAAAAUGAUGAGUUAGCUGACGACGAUGAUGAUGACAGCAUCAAUAAUGAUGAGGACGAGGAAGAGGCUGACGAUGAUGACAUUAGUAGUUGAGAUGCAUUGUCAUGGAAUGUUAUUGAUCUCAAGAAUUUUAUAUCCCCUACAUGGAUUUUGAGUAUGUUCUAUACCCCCCUUGGGUAACUUGAGCUAUAAACUAGAUGAAAACCCA